AUGCGUCGGGCCAUUGGCCUCUGCCGGGCCAGCGGGGCUUUGGCCACGCUCGCGGCACUGUCCAGGAAGCAGUGCGCCUGCGAGGAUCUGCGCGCUCAGGAUUUGCGCGCUCAGCAGAAACUGGCCUUUACUCGUCGGGAUCCCCGUACUGGCUUUGAGAUGCGACUCGGAGACCCCCAGGGCAUGAACCACGGUCCUUUACGGAUCUUCUGCGGAAACGCGCACCCGCAGCUUGCCGAGGACAUUGCGGCCAAGAUGGGCAUCCCCCUCGGCAAAGCCACGGUGGGGCGCUUUCCGUGUGGCGAGGUGAACGUGGUGCUGAACGAGUCCGUCCGUGACUGCGACGUGUUCAUCAUUCAGCCAACAUGCAAUGGCGGUGCAGGCCCUCAAGAGCACCUGGUUGAGCUGCUGAUCAUGUUGGAUGCCAUCCGUCGAGGUGCUGCAAAUCGGGUGACAGCCAUCAUUCCUUUGUACGGCUUCGCGCGGCAGAACGCGAAGGAGAAAAGCCGGUCACCCAUCUCUGCGCGACUCGUGACGGAUCUCUUGCAGGUAGCCGGAGCUCACAGAGUUGUGACCAUCGAGCUGCACGCAAGCCAGAUUCAGGGGUUUGCCACGUUUCCGAUUGACAACAUCUAUGCCUUGCCGAUGCUUGCAAAGGAGGUUGAGCGCCUCAUGCGGAAACGAGGCCUCACUGCCGAGGACAUCGUUGUGGUGAGCCCUGACGUGGGAGGCACAAAGCGGGCAUCGGGCAUGGCCAAGAUGCUGUGCUCGCCUUUGGCCAUCUUCUCGCGCCAGCGGCGGCGCCCCAACGAGCCUGCAGAGGUGGACCUAGUUGGCGAGGUGCAAGGUAAAACCUGCAUCGUCGUCGAUGACAUCGCUGACACUGCAGACACGCUUUGCCAAGCCGCAGACAAGCUGAAGGCCAGGGGCGCUUCUGCUGUCGUUGGUGCAGUCGUCCAUGGCAUCCUCUCGGACCCAGCUUGCGAGCUCAUCAUGAAGUCGCAACUGGAGGCCGUCUUUGUGACGGACACAAUCCCGCUGGGCGACAAGCUUCAUCGAUGCCCGAAGCUAGAGGUCGUUUCGGUCGCAUCGCUCCUGGCAAACGCGAUCCUGCGCAUCCACUCGAGCCAGUCGCUGUCGGAGCUCUUCGACCGCCACGUCGAGUGA